UACGAGUUUGAUUUGAUGAUAAUAUGGAUUUCAAAAAAGGAUUCAUAUAUCCUUAAUAUUGGAUAUCCAACCACCAUAUACUUUUAUACUUUUUAAGGCUAGAUGGUGUGGGCCGUCGUGCCCCGGCGCCGCUCCGCCACCCAUUAAUGUACAAAACACUUUCAGACCACCAUCAUCUGUACACUCCUUGUCCCCCAUCAUCUUUAAUUCUUUAUUAUAUAUAACUCUCUACACUUGUCCAUGACUUCUAGACCUUCAUCAUCUUGGAGGAUGGUGAGGAAGCUAGUGUGUAUUUGGACACCAGGCAGGCAGGAGAUCCAACACUUUCAGGGGUGAAAUGGUAUUUGUUGAUUCUUAAUUAAUAGGCAUGGCCAAUUCUCUAUUCCAAUACUUUCACUUUUUACAACUUCCACAACAUCCUUCCGGCGACUCUGAUGUCCGAUAUGAAGGCUGUGGUUCGAUCUACCCCUCGAGAUUAAGCAGAUGUUAUUGCCGGUAGCGGGUAUAUAUAUGGCCCCCACCUCUAUAAAUCCGCUGUAUGAGGCCCUUGGCUUGGGGUGUACUUCUGCUGACGUGGAUAAGUUUUGUUCUCUGUUGGAUGCAUCAUCGCCUCAUCAAAGAGAGACAGACCAUUAUGAGAUACGCUGAAGCAGCACACGAGCUUUUUAUGAGGAUUGGAAAGAAACUAGCUGAAAGUCUAGGGGUAAAAAGCCAAAGUAUUGGAAUAGGGAAUUGGCCAUGCCUACAAAUACAAUUUCACCCCUUUGGAUCCCCUGGUGUCCAAAUACACACCGACUCUGGUUUCCUCACCAUCCUCCAAUACGAUGAAGGCGUUGGCGGUCUAGAAGUCAUGGACACGUCCGGCCAGUUCAUCCCCGUCGAACCAUGGCCCGACACCCUUCUUGUUAACCUCGGUGACAUGGCAACGGUGUGGAGUAAUGGAAGGUUAUGCAAUGUGAAGCACAAGGUGCAAUGCAAAGAAGCUAAGAUACGAGUGUCGAUUGCAUCAUUCCUUUUGGGCCCAAGAGAGACGGUGGAGCCUCGUCUAGAGCUGGUGGACGAUGAUCAUCCUCGUUGGUAUGUUCCUACUACGUAUGAAGAUUACAGGAAGCUGAGGCUCUCGACGGAGUUGCAGGCGGGUGAAGCUCUUGCUCUCUUGCAUACACCAACAGUUAACAAGUGAAAAACCGUGAUUGAUUCAGUUUCAAUUGGGUUUUCUUUGUUUAUUGUGUGUUUAAGUAGAGUUAUUGAACCUAAAUUAUAUAAUUGGUUUAGAAUGUUAGAAAGUCGUGGAGGCUGAAUUAUGUGACUGUAAGUAAUGUUGACAUUGAAUAUUGGUAAUGAACGAAUAUGUAAUGGUAGUUGUUUGUUGUUAUUAAAUCUGUGGUGAUGAUCCUGAUUAUGUUGUA